AUGAGGAUUUGUUAUUGUACAACAUGGUUCCAAGAGGACAUGGCCAAUCGGCGACUUGUGGCCAGCCUAUCGAUGGGAUCUCGAGGGGGGAGGAAUUAUGACAAGACCGACAAAGUAAACAAGGUGAAGGAGCUGACCGUGUACUCGUGGACGCUGGAGGAGAGCGAGGAUGUCAGCAGCGGGAGGCUUGCGAACGACGAUGAAGCAGGAGCUAACUUGGUGGAGUCAAAGUAUCAGAUGGCUGGAGGCUCUUGCCGUUACAUGUUCGACUUUACGACUAGCGAAGUAGUAAAAGGCCUCAGUGUUGCGAUUGGAAGCGUACAGGACUACGAUGCCAUAUUGAAUUUCGAGGUGGCUGGGUGA